CCAAUAUCAAAAUGCUCUCCCACCUUCUCCCCCUCAUAACCUCCCUCCCCCUCACCCUCUCCUCCCCAACAACACCAACACCAACACCAACAACUACCACCUGCAACGGCCACCCCUCCUACUGCAACACCCCCUACUCGAACCUCACCUUCCUCGCCUCCCACGACGCCCCCUUCAUCGGGCCCCUCCCACAACAAAACCAAAACCUCGCCAUACCAGACCAACUAGACCUCGGCAUCCGCUUCCUCCAAGCCCAAACCCACUUCCCACCCGCAACCGACGACAAGGAUAGCCUCCACGUCUGCCAUACGUCUUGUAUUCUGGAGGAUGGGGGAUCGCUGGAGGAGUUCCUGGGUGAGGUGAAGAGUUGGUUGGAUGGGCAUCCGGAUGAGGUCGUUACGGUGCUGCUUACGAAUGGGGAUAAUGCGCCUGUAGAGAGUUUUGGGAAGGGGUUUGAGAAGGUGGGGUUGGAUGGGUAUGCUUUUGUGCCGGAGAAAGCGGGAGGGUUGGAGAUAGACGAGUGGCCGAGUCUGGGGGGUUUGAUUGAGAGGGGGAAGAGGUUGGUUGUGUUUUUGGACUACGGGGCGAAUACGACAUCAACGCCGCAUAUUCUCGACGAGUUCGCCUAUUUCUUCGAAACGCCCUUCGAUGUGACGAAUGGCUCAAUCCCGGAUUGCAGUAUCGAUCGUCCUCCCGGUGUUAAUCCCGAUGGACGUAUGUAUAUCGUCAAUCACUUUCUAGAUGUUGAUAUUCUAGGCGUCCUUGUUCCGGAUCGGGCACAUGCGGCGAGGACGAAUGCUGUCACUGGGGAUGGAAGUAUCGGAGCGCAGAGUGACUCGUGCCAGUCUCUGUAUGGACGAAAGCCGAAUGUAGUGCUUGUGGAUUUUGUGGAUAAGGGGGAGGUGAUGGAGGCGCAGGAUGCGUUGAAUGGUGUUUCGGCAAGUCCUUUGCCUAAUUCAGGUUCAUUGUUGAGUCGAUUCAAGAAUAGUUGGCUCUAUGUCUAUUGUGUCUUUCUAAUCAUAUAUCUCCAAGACUGAGCGUUAGAUUCAUACACAACAAAUACCAAUCCAUGUUCAUUACUCGUCCAUUUCAACCUGUAAUUCACGCUCCCAAAUCUUAUUCGCGGACGCAACAAUUACCUCGGAUUUGGUGAGCAACUUGGUGGAAUACCUCUCAGCUUCCGAGGGGUAUAGUUGAGUUCUUUGCGCUUUACGUGGAUUCACCUAACAAGGUUACUACGCUAAUACGGGAGAAGAAGGCAAGACAUACCAUCAUAAGCACAGGAACAAGAUCUUUAGGAUCAGCUUCAGCCAAUGCCCUCAAGUUUCGGAACCCAUUGUC